CGUGCGGGUCGUACGGGUGCGGGGCCGGCGGGGAUCAACGGCGCCUCCGUGAGCAGCCCCCGCUGUGACCCCACAGCUCUGAGCCCCGCGGUGACACCCCGUGCUCUCAUGGAGGCCCCACGCAGCCAUAUCACUCCCCUGCCCCGCGUCCCAUGACCCCGUGUGCGAUGACCCCGUGUCCCAUAACCCCGUGUGUGUCCCAUGUCCCCGUGCCCUCCCGGCUGUUCCCGGUCCCGAUGUCCGCCCGCUCGCUCCUGCUGCUCUCGCUGCUCCUGGCCGCUCCGCACGGACGGGGGCAGCGGGCGCCCGCAGCGCGCAGCGCCCUGAGCGCAGUGCGGACCCGGGGGAACCUCGUCCUUAGCGAGUUGGCUGGCAGGUGGUUCCUGGUCGGCACGGCGUCCCGCUGCACAUACCUGGCACAGAACAGCCACCGGCUGGAGCCCACGGCGAUGACGGUGACCGUCCCAGAUGGGCAGAGCCUGAGCAUCAGCACCUUCAGGAAGCUGGAUGGGCAGUGCUGGGAGAUCAAGCAGCGCUACGUCCCUGCAGGAGCCCACGGGCACUUCAGUGUGAGAGGCCGUGGCUACAACAGCAAGAUGGAGGUGGUGGUGGGAGAGGUGGACCCCCGCAGCUACGCCAUCAUCUACUACCAGGACAGCCAAGGCCUCUCUGUCAAGCUCUACGGUCGCAGCGUUCAGCUCAGUGACACCAUAGUGGACAAGUUUGAGCAGCGUGCCAGAGCCGUGGGCCUGAGUGAGGAUGUGACCCACUACUUCCCCACAUAUGGGUUCUGUGACUCUGCUGAUGAUUUCCACAUCCUCGAUGAAACAGAGCUGUAGAUGGAGGCAGUACUUCCAGGACGUGCCCAGCACUGAUCUCUCACCUCGUGCAGACGCCUGUGGACAGGACCACACAGGGAUGAGCUGGGGCUUGGCCAGACCCUGCUGCUGCUCUGCAGUGCUGGAGCACACCCUGGGCUCCCCUGUUCCUGGCUGUGUCACCCCACAGCUUCGUGCCCUUUGUCCCAUGCCCUGCAGAAACCAGCAACAUCCCAAUAAACAUGAGGAAAAACUCUGUGUCCAGGCAA